AUGUUACUCCUUCGAGAAAAUGCAAUAUCGCCGCUCAGCACGAUUCAAAAAUCGGACACUGAGAUAAGAAUUCAUCUGUAUUUAUUUCUGUCUGUCUGUCUAUCUAUCUCCAUCUGUUUAUAUCUAUCUAUCUAUCUUUUUCGGUCCUUCCUUCUUUCCUUCCUAUCUAUCUAUCUAUCUAUCUAUCUAUCUAUCUAUCUUUUACAGAUCUUCCGAUCUAUCUAUCUAUUCAAUCUAUCUAUCUAUCUAUCUAUCUUUUACGGUACUUCUUAUCUUUCUAUCUGUCUAUCUAUUAAUUUUUCAGCCUUUCCUUUCCUAUCUAUCUAUCUAUCUAUCUAUCUAUCUAUUUUUUCAGGCCUUCCUUUCCUCUCUCUCUCUCUCUCUUCUCUCUAUGUAAACUCAUCCACAAUGAAAUCUAUCUAUCUAUUUAUAAUUGUUCAGAUUUUUUCUAUCUUCAUCUAUCUAUAUCUAUCUUUCUAUCUUCUAUCUCAGUCGAUUAAUAUCUAUCUCUCUGUCUUUUUUUAUCUAUCUCAAAUUUUUAUAUCUAUCUUCUAUUUAAAAUUUAAUUUAGUCUAUCUAUCUAUCUAA